AUGUUAAACUCAUAUGCUGAAAAUGAGUUAAUGCCAUUUUUAACUAAACCGGAAGUCAAUGGGAUUGCCCAUAAUGAUGGUACAACUAGUACUAUACCCACACAUACAAAUGAAAAAUCGUUCUUGGAUAAAACAACAAUUAAUAACAACGCUGAUAAUGGUGGCAACAAAAAUGCCAAUGGCAACGGAAACCAGAAUUCAGAAAAAGACAUAGGUAAGCAUGAAAAUGAAAAUAUAGAGCAUGAUGUUAAUCUAGAAGAUCGUACCAUACUGUUAGAAAAAAAUAAAUAUUUCCCCAUUUUACAACAAGAUCUAUUUACUUCCAGGUUUGACAGAUCUUUAAUAAACUCUGAUACAAAAGAGGAAGAAAAAUUAAAUUCAGAUUCACUUUACAAAAACAUCAAAGAUGUUUUAUAUAAACCAAAAUAUCUAUCUGUGGAGAAGGCUUCACUAAAAAAAUUUUUUCAAUACGUUACUGAUAAGUAUCCUAUCAUACAAAAAUCCAAUAGUCCCGGUUCCGCAGCCAUUGAUGAAGAUAACAAUGCAAACACUAAUGAAGAUACCGCCAGAAUAACUCAAAUUAGGGAUAUUUUCAAAUCUACUUUUAACUUAUAUUCUAAUUUUGCCUUUGGUUAUGAUGAAGUUAAACCUUUAAGCAAACAGGCUAUAAAUAACGGCAAUGGGUUGGCCAAAACUUUGUUAGGCUCAACAGACAUGUUGUAUUUACUAGGUAUGGAGGACGAAAUCGCCUCGGUUCUUGAUUUCAUAUCUUCGAAACGAUUUGGCACGACAAAAACACCGAUUUUGAAUAUUUUUGAAAAUGUGGUUUAUUUAGUUGGCUCCUUAAUAUCGGCUUAUGAAAUGUCAAACGAAACUAAGCCCAUAUUUUUGGACAAGGCUAAACAUUUGGCUGAUUUUUCCUUAAGAGCUUUUGACACUCCAAAUUUCUUGCCAUUAACCGAUUUACCGUGGAGAUCACCAUUAAAUAAUAGAUUCCCGUUUCAAAGCAGCAAUUUCAAGGAACUAAGCGGGCUAGGAUUGGAAUAUAUUAAACUCUCCCAGUUAUUAAAAGACAACAGUUAUUAUUCCUCGAUUUAUCCAAUUUAUGAAACAAUCGAUAAAUCAAAGAAAAACGUUUUCGAUAUAGACUAUCUAUUUCCAAACACUGUAGAUGCUUCUGGCUGUUCCUUACUUUCUAACAAAGAUAUGCAAAAUGGUGUCCAUUUAGGCUCUAAUGUUAUGAAAAGCAUUCACAACGGGGAUUUCGUAUUUUGCAAACAAUCUGACACUUUGCUACCGGAUAAUUUCCAAAAAAUCCAAUAUUAUUCAGUUAACCAUAACGAAGAAAAAAUGGCGUUGAAUUUCAAGGAAGCGAAAAAUUCAAACUAUUAUUUCUUACUUAUGAAAAUGUAUCAUCUAUUAAAUGCCAAUGAAGAUAAAUUGAACUUUGUAUCCCAAUAUGUUAAUGCUGUAGAAAAAAUCAAAGGGUUAAUGGUUUUUAAACCCAUUCUGCCUUAUAGUGAUAUAUACACACACAAGAAUAUUUCUUUAAUUAGCAAUUUGAAGACCGUGUCCACAUUUAAUCCUAUGUCUAAUGAAAUACUUGUAAAAGUUAAACAAACUUUACAAAUGGACCAAUCAAAUUGUCAAGUAGCUUCCAUGCUUGCGUUGAGCGGCAAAUUAUUGAAUGAUGAAUCGCAUUUACGCUUGGCCGAAGAAGUCUUAAAUGGUUGUAUUGAAUUGUCUAAAAUUCCUGGGUCAGGCGGCGUUUUCCCCUCAAACGUCGUUUUAGAAAAGUGUUAUGAGGAAACUAAUAAUGAUUGUACAUAUAAUAAGGAAAAGAAAAUUAAAAGUAUUUUUAUGAAUGAGGAUAAUUCUAAAAGUGAUGACGAAUCUAUUUUUGGCUUUACAGGUAUUAAAAUAAAUGGGGAUGAAAACAGUAAUGGUUUUAAUAACCUAAAGAAAAGAACAUGGAUUAAUAAAAGAGUAUUUGUCGAUAAAGAUAAGGACAACACCGACGAUGACCAUGGUAAUGAUAAUUCUAGGCAAAAAAAUAAUAACAUAGACAACAAGCAACAGAUUAUAUCACAUCAGAAUGUUCUUGGGGCAGAUGCUGAUGAUGAUGAUGAUGAUGAUGAUGGUCUUACGCCUAAGCCGCCAAAAAAGACAUAUUCCAUCGGUACAGAGUACCCAAAAAGUUUUACGAAAGAAAAUGUUGAUGCAACUGAAGGGAAAUGGAUAAAUAAACCUGACAUACCAUUCUUUCUAAAUGACGCGUCUACUGAUUAUUUCCUAUACCCUGAAAUUCCUGAAGCUUUAUUUUACAUGUACAGAAUAACUGGUGAUCCCAAAUGGAGAAAAAUUGGAGGGGAAACCUUUGAUAAUAUGAUUAAAGUGAUACAACAAAGAGGUCCCAAGGGAACUAUUGAUAUUAGUUCUUUGUCCGAUGUUUUUAAUAAGGUUCAUUCUGAUGAUUUACCACAUUAUUGGUUUACACAAACUUUAAAAUAUUAUUAUUUAUUGUUUGCAGACCAUAGUGUGUUAUCUUUGGAUGACUAUGUUUUCAGCAGUGAUGGUCACCCAUUUAAAAAAGUGAAAAUUAUAAAUAACAAUUUGAUGAAGAAUUAUGAUAUUGCUUGGGAUUUAAUAUUAGAUGAUGAUUGA